AUGGUUCAUCCUUAUCCAGACGAUACCAGACAUCAUUCCGGCCCGCCUCGGCCGGCUUACCCUCCCCGCGACGAUCGGGACGGCCGUAUGUACGAUGAUCGAUCUCGAUCACGCUCGCCUGGCGACCGCAGAGGUGAUUACUCCAGAGACCGCGAUGCCCAGUACAGAAGCCGGGACCGCGAUGACUAUCGCAAUCGGACAUCACGAUCACCUCCGCGACGGGGCCGACAAUCGUACAGAGACCGUGACCGCGAAGGGUAUCAGUCACCGGGAUAUAACCACAGUCGAAGCCGCAGUCCCCGCGGAGGCAGGAAUCAUUAUGGACAAGAGAGUCGAGAAAUCAUGAUGGAUGGGAUACCACAGGACAUGACUGAAGACGACGUCUCCGCAGAGCUUCGAGAUGCAUAUCAUCUUGGAGAACUUGAGGAUGUUCGGGUGAUUCGCGAUAGACAAACAAAGAUAUCACGAGGAUUGGGGUUCCUCCGGUUCGGGUCUCUCGAAGAGUCGCGCGAUUUCCUUGAACGGAACCACCCAUACAUUUACUUCUACGGCCCAACAGCCAGCAACGAUGACCGAGCCACCAAAGUUCGCAUUGCAUACAGCCGUGAGCGAGAGGACCGAGCUCGAGCCAAAGCAGAGGGCGACUGGACCUGUCGCAUGUGUGCAGUCGUCAAUUUUGCCACGCGUCCCAAGUGCUUCCGCUGUAAUGCUCCUCGUCCAGAAAUCUCAAUAGCUCCUGUUGGCCCCCCUGGCGUUCCAAUACCCAAGGUAGCCAACAACGGUGACAAUGAUGCGGCUCCCGAGAAUCAGCCGUCUCAGUUCCUACUUUUCCGCGGUCUAGAUUCAUCUGUGUCAGAGGACCUGUUUGCCAAGGGUGCUGCGAAGCUUUAUCGACUAACUUCGAGCAACAAUGAGAAUGUUUCAAACAAUUCGAAGAAGGGUGCAAAGGUGGCAUCAACAACUGGCGAUUCGAACUUGGGAGCUCGCGAGGGCUCCAUCCGCCGUGUCUUGCUAGUCCGCGACCGGAAGACUAAUGAGAGCUGGCACUACGGAUUUGCUGAGUUCGCCAAUGUGAUGGAUGCCCAGGCCGCCGUUCAGAGACUGAACUCAUUUGUCAAGUUCACCAUUUCUUCCAAACCGGUCAUGGUCAGCUACAUUCACGCAGGCGUGUUUGUACCAGUGAUGAAUCCUAACUCCCACACUGAGCGGUUUACUUUUAGUCCGCUGAACAAUCCUUCUGCGAAGCUCAUGUAUUGGGACGAUGAAGGUUAUGUGACCGAGCUCGCGGUAUCUUCAGGGGAUGACGGAACCCAGGUGGACCAGCAAGAUGGUCAAGCCAAGGGGUCCAAAGACAGCGAGAAAACGAAAAAGAGGAAGGCGGAAGCCACUGCUAGUGCUACCGCAAAGAAGACGGCUAUGCCUGCUCAAUUACAGUUCUGGAGCAAUCGUCAUGCGGAGCUUCACGGCAUUCCUAAGGAUAGCGAUGGAAAUCCUGUGCACGACCAACAGGGCGACUCAGCUCUCGACCCAGGCGCCCCGCCUACGCAGUCAUAUGCAGAUGUCCAGCGCAAUGUUUGCUAUCUAUGCCUGCGACAGUUCAAGAGUACCGCCAAUGUUCACAAACACGAGCGCCUCAGCGAGCUUCACCGAGGAAACCUGCAGAAUGAAUCUCUUGUAGCCCGUGGAAUGGCCAAGUUGAUCAAGCAUGGAAUUAUCCCACCAAACGCCGAAUACCGAGAUCGCGCUAGAGAACGUCGAAAGGCAUUCGGGCCAGGUAAAGCCAAAAUCAAUGCCACAGCGAACGCAGCAGCGCCCAGGAAAGAAGAAGACGCUCCAGUUCAAACAAUUUCCAAGGGCGCUUCGCUGCUCAGCAAAAUGGGUUGGUCGGAGGGCUCCGGCUUGGGUGCCCAAGGCACAGGUGUCACCGCUCCCAUCGCUACCGAGGUCUAUGCCCAGGGUGUUGGACUUGGCGCUCAGGGAGGCAAGAUCGGCGACGCGGCUGAAGAGGCAGCGCGCAAUACUCGUGGUCGAUACGAUGAGUUUCUGGAGAAGACUAAAGCGAAUGCUCGCCAGCGGUACGACAAGCUGGGCGAGUGA